AUGAAGAAAGACAAUCUAUCAAUGCAUAGUUCAAGGAUUAAGAUUAACCUUUACCUAACUGAUUACACAUGUCAUCAAGAGCUUUUAUAUACAUAUAAGUAUAUAAAGCCUACAAAGGAUCUAAUUUGCAAACAUCCAUUACUAACUCCUUUUUGCUCAAAGGUAGGGCUUCAUAGAGGUCCAUGGAGUGCAAGAGAAGAUGCACUGCUCACUAAUUACAUCCAAUGCCAUGGAGUAGGCAGCUGGAGAUCUCUGCCAAAAAAUGCAGGACUUCAAAGAUGUGGCAAGAGCUGCAGACUUCGAUGGAUGAAUUACCUCCGACCAGACAUCAAGAGAGGCAACAUCGAGCCUGAGGAGGAAGACCUCAUCGUAAGACUUCACUCCCUCCUUGGAAACCGGUGGUCCCUCAUCGCAGGGAGACUCCCAGGACGAACGGAUAACGAGAUCAAGAACCACUGGAACAGCCACCUCAGCAAGAAGCAAGGCAUCAAAGUACGACAAGGAAGCACAAAACCCUUGUCAAGACGUACCAAGAAAAAGAAGGAGAGUAUGAAGACCGAUAUUUUUGUCCCGAAACCUGUUAGGGUUACUUCGGCUACGAGGAACAAUAGUAGUGUGUUUGAGGGAGGGGAUACAUCGCAACUCGGUAACGAUAUCCAUCAGAAUUAUGACAUGAGUCGGGAUUUGCAGAAUGAGCUUCUUGAUAGGGUUUAUCAAGAGUACUCACAGCUUUUGAAUUCACAUGAGGACUUCAAUGAAUCCUUAAGUUGAUGUGAUGGGUGAAGGUGAUUGACAUAUACCUGUAUGUAGUAAAAAAAACUAUGUGUAUAAAUUUGUAGCGGAUAUGUGCUUCA